CCGGAUGUAUAAAAUGAAAAUGCCAACCUAAGAGUUCCAACCCCUCCUCUACUCCCCUCAAACAUGUUACUAUUAAAAUUUAGUUUGUAAUCGUUAAGAAUCUUUCCAGAUACGUCAGAACAUUUUGCACAAGCGAGAUCUCUGUGAAAGUGUAAUAAAUCCUUAAUAAAGGGAACGAGUGGUAAGAAGGACCGAGGAAAGAACGAGUUAAAAACAAAGCACUUCAACUAUUAUCGAUGUUGCCUAAUCGAAAUGACGGCGAAGACAGAUGACAAAGCCAGAGGUAGGCUGAGGUCAUCGCUUAAGCCGCUUGUUCCCAAUAUGGCUACAAGGUAUUUUGCGGAUGCAGAUAAGCCUGACCCAUUUUCAUCCAUUUCCAUUUCGAUUGUUUAAAAGAAAAGUUGGGACUUUAAUUCACGUAUUUUUUUUUUUUUUUUUUUAAUUUGUGACACAUUUUCCGUAACCGAUACAUCACUUGGUUCAUUUGACAUGAAGUACACGCCUCGAAAUUCGAAAAUUGCUAGUAAUCCAUAAUCGCAAAUGUCAUAAAACAGUUUUGUGAGCUCUCAUUUGAAUCUUGCCUUAUGAAACUGCAGACACGUCAGAAAAUAUAAUUAAUGAAAUUACAUUUCUUCAUCUAUGCUAGAAGUGAAUAAUAUUUUAUUUUCUGUGCAAAUGGUUUAAAACUACAGACUAACGGAUGUCUUUUAUAAAUGUUGAUGACCUCGAGUCGGAUGGACCUGUUGAAAGAGGGCCGAAGACACAGUCAGAUAGUGGUCGUACAGAGAGGAAAGGACAGUGACCUUUGGCUUGUUAAAGAGAGAAAAACCACCGCCGCGGCUCUCAAAUCUACUCCAGUCUCAGCUAGCUCAAGGGUGUGUGUGUGUGUGUGUGCGUGUGUGUCGAGGUCGUGUUCGCUCUUGAGAAUCGAUUGCCCAGCGAAGGCCACUGUAUACCUUGGUUUUACGUUCCGUAUCGCUGGAAUAAGAAGGUGCAGGACGUACGGAAAUCCAACUUAUCAAAUCACGCAAAAAAGUGUUUAA